GGCGUUUUCGUUUUUUUCCCUUCGAAAGUGAAUAGUUUUUUGACUGAUGGAAAAUGCAGAACCAAGCAAGCAAAAAGCUCAUCGCGACAGACAUUCUGGACGAAAGACAGAUAAGAAAAAAGCAAAGAAAAAUGCCGAUGGUGCUAUAGUUGAAAAUGACGCUAAACAAAAGAAUCCCAAAGCAUUUGCAUUCAAUUCUGCAAUCAGAGCUGAACGCAGAUUUAGAAGAAAACAAGACAUAAAUACAAAAAAAGAACACAUACCUUUAGUUGACAGGACACCAAUAGAACCUCCUCCUCUACUUGUAGCAGUAGUAGGGCCUCCAAAAGUAGGAAAAACUACACUAAUAAAUAGUCUGAUAAAGUUAUUCACUAAGCUGCCUUUAACAGAUAUUAAAGGGCCUGUUACCAUUGUCACAGGAAAGAAAAGAAGAAUAACAUUUGUUGAAUGCAAUAAUGAUAUAAAUUCAAUGAUUGAUUUAGCAAAAGUAGCAGACCUAGCUCUUUUACUUUGUGAUGCUAGCUUUGGAUUUGAAAUGGAAGUUUUUGAGUUCUUGAAUAUUUGCCAAGUUCAUGGUAUGCCCAAGAUUAUGGGAGUAUUAACUCAUUUGGACAUGAUAAAAAACAGCAAAACCCUAAAAACUACAAAGAAGACAUUGAAGCACAGAUUCUGGACUGAGGUAUAUCCAGGAGCAAAGUUAUUUUAUCUUUCAGGGAUUUUACAUGGUGAAUACUUGAAAAAUGAAUCAAAGAAUUUAGGCAGAUUUAUUUCAGUCAUGAAAUUCAGGCCUCUUCAGUGGAGAACAACACACAGUUAUCUAGUUGGGGAUAGGUAUGAAGAUUUGACUAAUCAGGAACUGAUCAGGCAAAACCCAAAAUGUGAUAGAAAUGUUGCUCUUUAUGGUUAUGUUAGAGGAGUGCCAUUGAAGAAAGAAAAUUGGGUUCACAUUCCUGGGUUUGGAGAUCAGAAAAUUCAUGAUGUGUCUUUUCUUCCUGAUCCUUGUCCUCUACCUGAACAACUGAAAAAAAGAGCACUAAUAGAGAAAGAAAAAUUCAUAUAUGCACCCUUUUCAGGAGUUGGAGGUAUAGUGUAUGACAAGGAUGCAGUAUAUGUAGAACUUGGUGGAUCUCAUAGCUAUAAAAACCGGGAGGAAGAUGAAUCCAACACUAUUGUUGCCAAUCUCUUGGAUGUGAAAGAAACCCUGGAUGAGAAAAUGAAGCAUUCAGAAUUACAAAUAUUCACAGGAGGUGACAAAUUGACAGCUGAAGAUAUUGAUGAAAGUGAUUCAUUGAUAGCACCUGAAAAGAACUCUCAAACUCAUAGUUUGGUUGAUGAAAAAUUCAAACAGCUGUUGAAAAAGUCAUUUGAAAAGGUGAAUGCUGGUGAUAGAAUUAGAAGGAGGGUGGUGUUCAAUGAUAAAGAGAAUGUUGAUAGUGAUCAUGAUGAAUUACUGAGUGAUGCUGAGGAUCUUGAAAAAGAUAAUGAUUCAGAAGUUGAUCAACAAGAUAUGGAGAAUGAGGAAUCUGAUUCUGAAAAAGAGGUGGCAAAUAGUGCUAAUGAAGAAACUGAUGAAGAAGAGAGUGAAGAGGAUGAUGUAAAGUGGAAAGAUGAUUUGAUGAAAAAAGCUAGAGAUUCAUUUUUUGAGAGGCACUCUUCAAAUCAAAAUCUCAUGAAACUUGUGUAUGGUUCAUUUGACAAUAAAAAGGCUAUGGAAACUGUUGGAAUGGAAGAAGGUUCUGAUGAUGGUAUAGGGGAACUCUUUAAAAAAGUUUCAAGGAAUCAACAUGAAAUCAGGGAGAAUAAAGAUAUAAUUAAUUUAACAGAAUCUUCACUGUCAUUACCAUGGGAUUCUGUCAUGACCGACUGGACAGAUCCACAGAAAAUAAUCCUAAUUUCCAACUGUUUUGUAACUGGAAAAUGGAAAGAAAGUGAAGAUGCUUCUGAACUUUUGAAACUUGAUGAUGCAGAUUUGAGUGAUAAGGAUUCAGAAGUUUUUGGGGAUUUUGAAGACCUUGAAACAGGAGAGACCCAUAAAGCAAAAGAUGAGACGGGAGAAAAGCGUAAAAGGGAAGAAACUGAUAAACCAUCAGAUACCGCCUUGAUUGAAAAGAAAAAGAAACUAAAAGAAAGGUUUGAUGCUGAAUAUGACAACACUGACAAAAGCAAUCACUAUGAAGAACUAAAAAUGCAAAACGAAAAACAGUCACAGUUGAACAAGACUGUAUUUGAAGAUAUGCCUGAAGACAUGAGGGUACAAAUUGAAGGCUUCAGACCGGGAAUGUAUGUCCGAAUCGAAUUCAAAAACGUACCUGCCGAGUUCAUCCAACAUUUUGAUCCAACUUAUCCCCUGAUUAUCGGCGCUUUGAACAUGGGGGAAGAAAACAUAGGUUAUGUCAAUGUAAAGAUCAAGAAACAUCGGUGGUACAAAAAAAUAUUGAAAACCAACGAUCCAGUGAUCAUCUCAUUGGGUUGGAGACGAUUCCAGACUAUCCCCUAUUAUUCUAAAUUAGAGGAUGAUAUGAAGUAUAGGUACCUCAAAUAUACACCUGAGCAUUUGGCAUGUAAUGCUCAUUUUUGGGGGCCCAUCACUCCACAAGGAACUGGAUUUUUGGCGUUGCAAGUCAUACAGUCUGAUCAAGAGGCAAUGAAGCAUAUUGGUUUCCGAAUAGCAGCUACAGGAUCUGUACAAGAGUUGGACAAAUCAACCAAAAUUAUGAAAAAACUGAAACUAAUUGGUCAUCCACUGAAGAUAUACAAAAAGACCGCGUUUAUUAAAGGUAUGUUCAACAGUUCUCUAGAGGUGGCAAGAUUUGAGGGUGCUCGUAUUAAAACAGUCUCUGGAAUACGAGGGCAGAUAAAAAAAGCAGUGAACAAACCUGAAGGUUGUUUUAGGGCCACCUUUGAAGAUAAAAUCCUUUUGAGUGAUAUUGUUUUCUGUAGAACAUGGUAUAAAGUAGAUGCACCUCAGUUCUAUAGUCCAGUGAAUACUCUUCUGUUACCUCCAGAUAAAAAGGGCUUUUGGAAAGGUCUACGCUCUACUGGGGAGAUUAAGAGAGAAUUGGGAAUCAGAAAUGCUGCAAAUCAAGACAGUAUGUAUACAGACAUAGAACGAGAACAAAAACCAUUCAAACCGUUGAUCAUACCUAAUAAACUGCAGAAAGCACUUCCUUACAAAGACAAACCCAAACAUGGAGUUAAGCUGUCAGAAAUGAAAAAAGGCGUCCAAAGAGUGUCUGUGAUUCGGGAACCCCAUGAACAGAAGAUAUCUACUAUGAUGAAGAUGUUGAGGUCAUCUUAUGAUCAGAAACAAUCCAAACUCAAAGAAGAAACCAAGAAGAGGUUGGAGAAACACAGACAAGAAAUUGAAGCUAUUGAAGCAGAUAAAGGAAAGAAACUGAAACAGAAGAAGAAGGAAGUAUUCAGGAGGAAGAGUAAAGCUCAACAGAAAGAAAAAGAGAGGGGAUGAUUUUUAAAAUUAUGCCAGAUAUUUCGCCCAGAAACGAAAAAAGCUUGAGAAAUAUUUUUAUAAGCACUAGGUAAUGUAUAAAAUGUCGAUUUCCAUCAUUUAUUUUGAAAUUUGUACAAAUUGAAAAAUUUCUCCUAACACUUUUGUGAUUUUUUUGCGGUUGAAAAUAAAUCGCGAAAAUUU